UCAUCACGUCAUAAGUGAUCGAUCAGAAAUCCAAGAGAGUUUAUUUUCUACUAAAUUGAUCAAGAACUUCAUUCGAUUAAGAAUAAGAUCAAGAAAACAAACUUACGAAUUAUUAUUCAUCUCGAAUUUGAAAGAAGGUACGUACGUACGUAGUUAGUUGAUCAAUGGAGUUAGCCGUAGGGUACGUGUUUUUACCAACGGAUGAGGAACUGGUGGAUUUUCUACGCGACAAGAUCCAAGGACGAAUGGAUUCUCAAACAACGUCGUCAAUAUUCGAGUACGAUCUUUAUGGCGACCAAGAACCCUGGGAUAUCUGGAACAGGUUCCGAGAUCACAAUCAGAGAAGGAGGCAAGGUGGUGAUCAGGAUCUUUACUUCUUCACCCAGCUAAAGAAAGUGAGCAUCAAUGGCUCAAGAAUUAAUCGUAAGGUUGGUUCUGGUACGUGGUCUGGUGCAUAUUCAGAAACUAUGUUCGCUUCAGCUUCAAGAAUAAGCCAAUAUAAUAAUAAUAAUUAUUAUAAUAUUCCAAUCGCUGUGAAAAAGCACUUCCGAUACGAGAAUGAUGAAUGUCCUGAGCAUCACGGUGCAUGGAUCUUGCACGAGUUUAGUCUUUAUGAUCAGAUUGGGACUACUACGUCCUGUUCCAAUUCUGAUCAGUUUGUGGUUUGCCGACUCAGAAAGAAAUCUGACGAUCAAGCUGAUGCUGCUGGAAACAAGAAGAAAAACAAGAAAAGAAACAGCAUCAAGUUUGAUCAUCAUCAUCAUCAUCAAACUAAUCUACAAGAGCCUACAGCCGCCCUCCUCCACUCCAACAAGAAGAUGAGGCUAUCUGAUCAGAAUUCUCCUGAUCAUCGGGAUAUUCAUCAGGUAGUAGAUCAUCAGCAGCACAACAACGGAGCCAUGCAUGACUACUACCACUUUGAAAGUAGCAGUAGUGCUUUUGGGAUUGGGAGUAGUAUCGCUGAUCAGACUACCCCAAUAAUCUUGAACGAUCUGGGAAACAACAACAGCAACAAUAUUAUUCAACAAAAAGAAGCACCUGUACUCACUAUUAAUGAUAAUGAUGAUCUUCAAGAUGUUUUGCUUAAUAAUUGGGAUAUUGAGGAACUUUUAGAGGUGCAGGAGUUACUUUUUUCAGAGGAAACCAACAGAAAAGAGUCAUCACCAACAACAACAACAACAACUGCUGUACAUGAUGAUGCUGAUGGUGAUGAGGUGAUUGCUGAGAUUGAGAAAUUGUUCUUUGCGGAUCAGGAAGCCAUUAAUCAUAUUAAUGGAACGAAUCAGGAUUUAGAUGAAGUUACGAUGAUGAUGAUGAAUAACUCUACUGACGACUUCAAGUAUAAUGCAGAAUUCAAGGAGGUAAUUACCACUGGAACAACUUCACUAACAACACCAUCAAAUAUUGGUGCUGAUCAGGAUCAUGAUGAUCAUGUACUUGAAGUAGAAAAAGAUGAAAAUAUUCAAGCGAAUGAAUUACUUGAUAUGAAUUUAUCCGACUUGGACACAUCAUUUGAAGAAUACUUCAAUGCAAAUCAUCCAUCUUUCAGUUUUGGAUUCUGA